AUGUGGACGGGAGCAAAAGUUUGUCAAGAUCUACGAGGUGGAACAGACGCCGUUUGCCAGGGCAAAUUCGCCGCCGUUCGCCGUGCCAUUCACAAGAACACGGGCUCCCAUUUCGCGGCAAAGUUCUUGAAGCGACGCCGACGCGCACAGAGCAGCGACAAGGAGAUCAAACACGAGAUCGCCGUGCUAAUACUCUGCGAGGGCGAGGAGAACAUUGUCAAUCUGAAUGCGGUGCACGAGACCCGUUCGGACACAGCCCUGCUGCUGGAACUGGCCACUGGUGGCGAGCUGCAGACCAUACUGGACAACGAAGAUUGCCUGACAGAGGCCCAGGCCCGCCACUGCAUGCGAGAGGUGCUGAAGGCUCUCAAGUUUCUCCACGACCGAUCCAUUGCCCACCUGGACCUCAAGCCACAGAACAUUUUGCUCGCCGGCGAGCGUAUAGAAGAUGGCCUCAAGCUCUGUGACUUUGGGAUCUCGCGCGUGCUCCAGUACGAGCCACUCUCCCUGCUGACGGACAUCUGGUCCGUGGGCGUUCUCACCUAUGUCUUGCUCUCCGGCUUCUCGCCCUUUGGCGGGAACACCAAGCAGGAGACCUUCCUCAAUAUCAUGCAGUGUGCGCUCACCUUUCCGGACAACCUAUUCGGUGGCGUCUCGCCAGUGGCCAUCGAUUUCAUACGCCGCGCAUUGCGAAUUAAGCCAAACGAUCGCAUGAGUGCCGCUGGAUGCCUGGAACAUGUCUGGCUGAAGGAUGAGAGCUCGAUGGAUAGACAAAUCACCAGCACCAGCACCAGCACCAGCACAGAGACAACGACAGCCAUACACACGCUGACCAGCAAUGGACACGGACAGAGCAACACGGUCUGCCUGUCCGCCAAGCCCACUCAGAUCGUGACACCCACACGUCGAGCCUCCGACUCGGACAAGGAGAACACAUACACGGCGACAUUUGUGAAGAAGCCCCCGGUGCAGGCCACCAUCCAGCUGGGCAGCAACGGCCUCGACGAGUUCGCCACAGUGGUGGCCACCCUGACACUCUUUCCCGAUGCGCCCACCACACCGAAAGUGAUCCGCAAGGCACCCACGGGAGAGUCCCAUGGAUCGGCCACCUCGGUGAAGGCUCUGGUCAAGAAGUUUCAGCUGGAGGAGACGCUAGGAAGGAAAAGGAGGCCCCUUUCUGAUGACGCUGCCGCCUGA